AAAUUGACAUUGAACAGAAAAAUUCUAUUACUCGUAGUUCCAACUUAGACAGCCUUAUUCCUAAUCUUCGUGAAAUAUUUGAAGAUCUUAAGAAUGCAUACGGAGAUUGGGAAAUUGGCGAGGUCUUAAAUGAGUUUCUGCAUCAAAAGGGUUCAACUAUGUUCGAUAUUCGAUCUUUUAAUAUUGAUGAUCUUCCGAGACCUAACCCUCCAAUCCCUAAAGAGGCUAUUAUUCAACUUAUUGCUGAACUUAAAAAAAUGAAGAAUGCAUUUGGUAUUGUCAAUCGUAAUAAAUCAACUGGUCGGGAAUUUAUCUCGCCUUUUAUGUCCACAGCAGUUGCCCAUGUCCAAAAAGAAGAAGAAGGGUUAUUACUCAAGGCUGAAGAGUGGAUCGAUGGGACAAAAGCUUAUGGGCCUAUUAAUUACUCGAUUUUUAUUGAAGAAGUGCUUGUUUUAGUCCAAGAAGUGGAGAAAGAUAAAUUUGAAAAAGGAACAGCACAAAAUAUUGCACAGAUUCAUAGUGCCGUAGAGUCACGAAAACGAAGAAUUAAGAUAGACUCGGGAGAUGAAGAAGUUCCUGUUGUAAUGUAUGGAAUCGUUACAAAUGCAUUACAAUGGUAUUUUCUUCGUUGGGCAGGUUCUUCAGAUGAUCCAACAGUUGAAUUGUCCGGACCACAUACUUGUGAAUUCGAUAAAUCAAAUGUUGAUGAGUUAACAAAAAGUAAUCUAUUUUCUGAAACUAAUCAAUUAUAUUAUAUGAUAGGUGAAACUUUAAUAAAAGUAGUAAUGUAUUUUGAAGAAGAUCUUAUUUUUAAAUUACUUGAUCAUAAAGAUCUAGAGAUAUACAAAAAAGAAAUUGAGGACAUCGAUAAUAUUUAUUCUAAGAAUGUUAUCUUCUAUGAUAAUAAAAAAUUGCUUAUUUCCAAUGCUCCAAUUGGUGUUAUUAAGAAAGAUGGAACUGAUAAAUUCUAUAUCACUAUUGAAAAGCGACCAGCAAAUACAAAGAUAUACUUUAAAAAAAAUAAUAGAUCUAUUAGAUUUAUUCCUGAAUUUUUUGAAUGUAGACACUCUAAAUCAGAAUCAAAUGUUGAUGAAUUAAUAAAAAUUUAUCCAUCUGUUGAAACUAAUCAAUCAUAUUAUAAAAUAGAUACGACUUUAAGAAAAGUAGUAAUGUAUUUUAAAAAAGAUCCUAUUUUUAAAUUAUUAGAUCAAAAAUUUCUAAAGACAGAAGAAAUUGAUAAAAUUUCAUUGAGUUUCGAUAACAAAUUUUUUGGAGAUAUAUGGUUUUGA